AUGCUCCGCCGCAGCCAUUCGUUUACGCGCCCUAAAUCGGGCGAAUUGUGGGUCGCCCAGAUCAUACACGUGAACGGCAUCGAGAACCUCUUGCUGCACUUCGUCUUCCAGCUCCCGAAGGAGAAUGCCGGGUUUAGUUGCCUCGACUACUCGCUCCAAAAACCGAUCAAUCCGCUCGAGUCGAUGGGACAACUUUUGGAGUGGGAUAUUAUCGAGCAGCCGGCACUGACGGACGAUGAUUUGUACCCGAUCAAUUUAAUGCGAAACGUGGCUAGAAUGCUCCACAAAGCCAACGUCGAGAACGCCGAGGUUUUGGAAGAAGCUCGAGCCAAACGUGUGGCGCUCGAACGGCAGAUUUGGGGCUUUGACCCCAGCAAUUUGCAGCUCCGGAUCCCGAAUGGUACCCUGCCGGAACCGGAGCAGAAAUCCCCGGCCCAGCGGCUCCCCGAAAUCGUCGAGGAGCAGCCGGGGCAGCUGGGGAUG